UGGCGCGUAAUUAUAAACUGUAAAAAAUAUGGAAAAUGUAAAGUUAAGUCCAUCAAUGGCUUCAAAAUUAAAAACUAGAAAUAAUGCCAAUAGAAUUAGACACAGUUCUCCAAAAUUACAAGAAGUUUUAAGAGAGAGAUGUCGAGAGAGAAUGCGAGAAAAACGAGGGCAGUUAUUUAAUAGAAAUAGAUUUGGUUUGGAAAUAAAUUCAAAAAAUGUACAAGAUACAUUAACUGAAAUUGUUCGUAAAGAAUUAAAUAAUCUGGCUACUACAGAUUUAAAUCCAAUUUUGAAUCCUUUUUUUGUAAAUGAACCACUUGAUCCAGAAGAAGCACUUGAACUUGAAGCUAAAAUACUUGAUGAAGAAGAACAAUGGAUAUUAGAAGAAUAUGAAAGAAUGGUACAAGAAGAAAUUGAAGUAUUAGCAUUUAAAGCAGAUCAACAAGUAAAUGAAGUUAUUUGUCCUAUAUGUCAAAAAUCUAAUUUAAUAGAAAAAGAAAAUAAAGUAGCUUGUGAAUCUUGUGAUUUUGUAUUAGACAAUUGUCUUAGUGUGAAGGAAAUAGGAUGUCUUAUUAAUAAUUGUGUAAAUAUUCAUUCUAUACAAUGUAAGGAAUUACCUGGUUUCUUACCACUUUUUGAAAACAAUAAGAUGUCUUUAUAUCUAAUUUGUGAUGAAUGUUCAACUUGGACACUUAUAAUAUAGAUUUUAAUAUUCUUCAAUUUGUGAAGAUUUUUAAAAUUUAUGAAAUUGCUGAAAAAAAAUUAUAUUUUUUCAUCUUAUUACCCGUGACUGAUUAAUAAUAAUAAUU